AUGGAAUACGGCAACUAUAACCCAUCAUUGGAAGACUUGAAUGCUUAUGGCUCACUCGGCUACAAGCCCGUUGCUUCGCCUGUUUACCCUUCGAGUAAACCCGAUCCAACCAUCGGGAGCUUGAGCUAUUAUCGUUCCGGUGAUCAACAUCAGCAGCAGCAACAACAACAACAACAACAACCACAAGCAAUCCCACCACCUACUCCUGUUGCGAUACCCGUAACGAUGGGACAAACUUCGGCUGCUGGUGGCAAUCCUAGUUUCAUGGAUGGAUCAAUGAAUGAUUUUAGCCCUUAUCAACAAUUUAACCACACGUUUCAAUUGAAUGAUCCUUUGACACAGCAAACAUCUUCAGCUGCUGCCGCCGCUGCUGCCGUUGCUGCUAUGCAUCAUCCACAUCAACAGCAUCAUCAUCAACCUUUGUACAAUCAGCCUCACCCUCAUGCAACAGGUCAUGUCAUGAUGCCUCCACAGUGGCAACAACAGCAACAACAGCACCAUCAGCAUCAACAGCAACAGCAACACAUGCGUCGUGGUUCUUAUCAACAGCCUUCUCCUCAUCCUACCAUGUAUCGUGCACCACCAGCACUUUCAGCAUCACCUUAUCAACAGCCGUAUUAUGCCGCUCCAGCACCGAUGGGGACUCAUUCACCCACAACAGCAGCUGCUGCCAUGAUGGGUCGAUAUCAUCAACAUCCUCAACAUCAUCCUCAGCAGCAUCAGCUUCAGCAAAUGCAAGGACAGCUGCCGAUGGAUAUGAAUCAAAAGAAGCGUAAGGGCAUGGAAGAUUUUGGUGAACUUGCAGUGCCCAAAAAGAAGACAAGAGCCAAGAAAAAGCGAGUCAAAGAACCAGUUGACCCCAAUGCACCGCCCAAACCCAAACGAAAAACAGGUCUCAACAAACCACUUAUCCUCAGCCCUGAACUUUCAGCUUUUGUUGGUGGUGAUCCAGAGAUGUCUCGACCGGAUAUUGUGAAGAAGCUUUGGAAGUACAUCAAGGAUAACAACCUGCAAGAUCCUGCCGACCGCCGUUACAUCUUGUGUGACGAUCAACUCAAAACUAUCUUUGAUCAAGAUCGAGUGAAUAGUUUUGGAAUGAAUCGAGAUCUUUCAAAGCAUCUAACAAAGAAGGAAGAACCAGCAGAGAUAACGAUAGCAACAACAACACCCGAUGAUAGUGCAACCACAGCAACGGCGACAACAAAUGCAGAGAGCAGUGGUAGUGGUGGAGGAGGUGGUGGUGGUAGUUCAGCAACUACGGCGACGACUACAACAGCUACCACUACUACUACAACAGCAACAGCAACAGCACCCAAUCCUGCUGCUAUUGACACAUCCCCAGCGGUAACGGCUGAGACACCUGAUGUGGUGACCCCCAAGGAAGGUGAACCUGCUGCAACCACAACCACUUGA